ACCUUGGCAUCUCUUGGUCGCGGCAUCGCCCAAUCACAGUCAGCCGUGUGUGUGUGCGUCGUCUAGCGUACAUCAGCGCGGGUGUGGUUGCCCAGUGCGCAUAUAAAAAAGGCCAUGCGCUUGUGCUCACAUGGUCAUACAUACAGCCCCGAGCGAAGGCCUCUCCCCGCCGCGGACUGCAGGCUCCAAGAAGCACGAGGAUCGAUCCAGGGGUCUAGUUAAGCGAGCGUUAACAACUUCUCGUUUCCAUACACACAAUAGCUUUUUGUGCGGGAGAAGCAAGCUCUAGCUUCCUGGGGCCGGCCAGUUGAGUUCGUUCCAGCAGGCGUUUGCAUCGUCGUCGCACGCAGGGAGAAGCUCCAAUGUUGCGCGAGAGAUGGCAGGGAUGCGUUUUGGUCCUCGUCCUUCUUCUUCUCUCCAACGCGGCGUCAGGCACUUCUCUGGGGGACGACACGAUCCUCCCCACGGAGACGGAGGAUUCUCCGUCGGACCUGGCGAAGAUCGUGCACUCGUCUAAGCAGACCAAGCGGGCGCGCGUGUGCGGCGGAGCGGACCACCGGCUGCUGCGAUCCCUCGCCGACACCGGAGCGGAGGUCAUGGUCAGCAUCCCCAGCUCGCGGCUGCAGCACAUGGCCGAGUUCCGGGAGGAGGCCCGGCUCUGGGUCGCCGCCAACGUGGCGCCGUUCGUCCCGGCGACCAUGAUCACGCACGUCCUGGCGGGAGACGACGUCCUGUCGUCCGGCUCUGGCUCUCCCGGCGACGCCUACUCGCUGGUCCCCGCCAUGCUGAACCUCCACGCCGCGCUCGUCGCCGCCCGCCUCGACGGCCGUGUCAGGGUGUCCACCGCGCUGUCGUCGGUCCCGCUCGCCCCGUCCUGGUCCGCCGGCGUCGCGGGGCUCGUCCUGCGGUUCCUGAGCGAGACCGGCUCGCCGCUCUUCCUCAAGCAGGCUCACGCGCGGGAGGCCGCCGACGACGACGCCAGAGUCGCCGACGCGUACGCCGCGAUGCGGGCGCUCGGCUUCUCGGGCAUCCCGCUGAUCGCCGCGGAGCCGGAGGGGCUCGACGGCGCGCUGGUGUACCGCAGCUACUCGCAUCAUACUGCCGGUGGGGGCGGCGGGAGGCGGUCGCUGGCGUCGGGGACGUUCUGCGUGGCGCUGCAGAACGCGGACCCGACGGCGCUGCAGGCGGGGCUGAGCUGGGCGUGCGGGCAGGGCCAGGCCGACUGCUCCGCGAUCCAGCCCGGGGGGGCUUGCUACAAGCAGAACAACCUGGCGGCGCUGGCCUCCUACGCCUACAACGACUACUACCAGAAGGGCUCCAGCACCGGCGCCACCUGCUCCUUCAACGGCACCGCCACCACCACCACCACUGAUCCCAGCUCCGGAUCGUGCGUCUUCGCGGGAAGCUCCAUGGCGGGAGGCUCCAACUCGAGCGUGCCGAGCGCCAGCCCUCCGACGAGCCUCGCCCCUCCGUCGGGUGGCCUCACGCCUCCGGUCGGCUCCAGCCCUCCGUCCGACUUCGGGCCCCCUCCGACCGGCUUCGGCCCUCCCGCGGGUGGGUUCGGCGCACCGUCUGGGUUCGGUCCCCCGUCGGCGUUCGGCCCGCCGGGGAGCUUCAACGGGAGCGGGACCUUCGGGCCAAGCGGCACCCUCGAGCCUUACGGCAUCGGGUGCCGCCACGUCGCCUCUUUGGCUGCCUCCACUCUUGUGUCCGCCGUUGUUCUUGCCGUCCUCGUCGCGUCGCCCGAUCUGAUGUAAAUUAUGUGUGUGAAUUUGAAUUAGCUAUAGAGAGAUCACGCGCGUUCUUGCCGUCCUCGUCGCGUCGCCGGUCGGGUGUCACCCUGUCGCCCGACAACUCCAUAGUAACGUGCAGCAGCGUUGUAAAAUACUACUGUACAAUCAGAACAAUAUUGUAAUUCGAUAUACUAGUACAGUGGGCAUACCGAUUACAUUGCUCA